CAGCCCCCUGUCAUCGCCUCUCCUCAAGAUUCUCAAUUCCCAAGAAUCAAGGCUUAUGCACUGCUUUGAGAACAAGAAACGUUGAAAGUAGAAACAGUCUUCCUAAUUUGGUAGAAUCUGAUAUGAAACACCCAAUGUCUUCAGUGAGAGAAAUAGACAGUGAUCAAGCUUAGCAACAGAGUCUCUGUUAAAGAGACAGUCUUCUCAACAGACACGUAAUCUUCAUUUCCCGUAAUGUUUGGUCACGAGAACUCAGUUUCAUCCUUGUUUUGGUCCCCCCUUCACAUGCUUACCCUGUGAUGCAACAAACUUGGGUUCCCUGUUCCUACAAUCCACAUUUGCCACAAAACACACAAGUUUCUGUUUCCACCAUCUCCCUUUCCCAGUUUAGAAUCAACUCGGAGAACAUGGAAUCCAGUUUUCGUUUCAUCCAUCAAUUUCUCCUCAUCUCCCAGACCUUACUGAGCUUUCCCCACCUCCUGGUAAUAUCAGCCUGCCUCCUCAUAGCAGUCUUUGCUUACCAUUCCUCCAGACCAACAUCUAUAUACCUCAUUGACUUCUCAUGUUACCAACCUCCAGACUUCUUGCGAUCUCCAAUCGCCAAUUUCAUUGAGCAUCUCAACCUAUCCGGUAUCUUCGAUAGAGAAUGCCUUGAUCUCCAGCAGAAGAUUCUAGAACGGUCAGGGAUCGGAGAUGAUGCGUGUGUCCCUGUGACAGUCCACGAGAUUCCACCACACUCUUCUCUCUCAGCAUCUAGAGAAGAAACUCAUGACAUCCUCUUCACUGUUGUCCAAGACCUCUUCUCAAAGCACAAGAUAGAUCCAAAGAGUAUCGACAUCCUUGUCUCUAACUGCAGCCUCUUCUGUCCUUCUCCAUCCAUAACCUCCAUCAUCAUAAACCGUUUUGGCAUGAGGAGCAACGUAAAGAGCUUCAGCUUGAGCGGGAUGGGCUGCAGCGCCGGGCUUCUAUCGAUAAACCUCGUCAAAGAUCUAAUGAAGAUCCAUGGUGGCUCUUUGGCGUUAGUGUUGAGCAUGGAAGCAGUGAGUCCAAACGGUUACAAAGGGAAGUGCAAGUCAAUGCUCAUUGCCAACACAAUCUUCAGAAUGGGUGGAGCAGCGAUGCUUCUCUCCAACAGAGAUCAAGACAAGGACAAGGCCAAGUAUAAACUCCAGCAUCUUAUCAGAACUCACCUCGGAUCAGACGAUGAGUCAUACGAGAGUGUAAUGCAGGAGACUGAUGAGGAAGGACUGGUGGGAGUAGCUUUGUCUAAGCAGCUUGUGAAGGUAGCAUCAAAGGCCUUGAAGAUCAACGUGGUGGAGUUAGGCCCUAGGGUGUUACCUUACUCAGAGCAGCUCAAGUACAUAAUCUCAUUUAUCAAAAGAAAAUGGAGAAAGCAGAAUGAGAUAUACACACCAAACUUCAAGAAAGCUUUUGAGCAUUUCUGUAUACAUGCAGGAGGAAGGGCGAUAAUAGAGGGCGUGGAGAAGCAUCUGAAGCUGGAGAAAGAAGAUGGAGAAGCGUCAAGGACAACACUGUAUCGUUAUGGGAACACAUCUUCUUCUUCUCUGUGGUAUGAGAUGCAGUACCUGGAAACCAAAGGUAGAAUGAAGAAGGGAGAUAGAGUAUGGCAGAUUGGGUUUGGAAGUGGGUUUAAGGCUAAUAGUGCUGUCUGGAAAUGCAUUUCUGAGAUUGAUUCAAGAGAGAAGAAUGCAUGGUCUGAUAGAAUCCAUUUGUAUCCUGUUUGUGGAGAUGCAUCAGGUUAGAAAUUAACGCAAAGUGUACUGUCUUGUUUUGGUCAACUUUUUACACAA